UGUUAUUCAUUUGACUUUGAAGUGACAGCGACAAGUUGCCGCUUGUGUAAAUUGCAUACGUUUUGAAUUAAAAACGCGUUCUUCUUUGGACACAUAAGCCAACAAUUUAUUGGCUUAGUCCAUCUCCACUCAACAAACCCAAAAAAAAAGAUUUAAUAACGCGUACAUUUUUCAAAUUUUUAUUACUUAUAAAAAAUAUACAUAUUUGAAAAGUAUUCAUCAGUUAAAAUGGCCGGUUCUUUAAAAACAUUAACUACAGAGCCGGUAUACAAAGACUUGCAAGCACUGUACGAUCAACUGGGCAAAGAUAUUAAUAUGAAAAAUAUGUUCGAUAAAGAUCCGGAAAGAUUUAACAAAUAUAGUAUACGGCUCAGGACGGAGAGCGAUGGUGAGAUUUUAAUUGAUUACUCGAAAAAUUUAAUCAACGACGAGAUAAUGGGAAAACUUCUGGAAUUAGCGAAGGUUAGACGAGUGGCUGAUGCUCGCGAUGCUAUGAUGUCCGGCGAAUUUAUUAAUACAACGGAAAAUCGCGCGGUUUUACACGUUGCUUUACGCAAUCUGGAUGAAACGCCGAUAUUAGUAGACUGUGAAAGUGUCAUGCCUAAGGUAAUGGCGGAAUUGGCGCAUAUGAAAGAGUUUACGAGAAGAGUUUUAUCAGGCGAAUGGACCGGCUGUACCAAUAAAUCCAUUACAGACGUCGUCAACAUUGGCAUAGGAGGCUCGGAUUUAGGCCCGCUCAUGGUGACGGAGGCCUUAAAACAUUAUGCUAAACAUUUACGUUGCCAUUUUGUAUCCAAUAUUGAUAGCACACAUUUGGUGGAAGUACUAAAGAAAAUCAACUACGAAACGACGCUAUUUAUAGUAGCCUCGAAAACCUUUACCACCCAAGAGACCAUAACCAAUGCUAAUUCCGCUAAAAGCUGGUUUUUGGAACAGGCUUUCGAGAAAACAGCAAUUGCCAAGCAUUUUGUGGCUUUAUCCACCAACAAAGAGAAGGUUAUUGAGUUUGGUAUUGAUAGUGCGAAUAUGUUUGGUUUUUGGGAUUGGGUAGGCGGUCGAUAUUCGUUGUGGUCUGCCAUUGGCUUGUCGAUUUCUCUUUACAUAGGUUAUGAAAACUUUGAAAAACUCUUGAUGGGGGCUCAGUUUAUGGACAAUCAUUUUAGAGAGGAACCGCUGGAAAAGAACGCUCCAGUUAUCUUGGCUUUGUUGGGUAUUUGGUAUAUUAACUUUUACAAUGCCGAAACCCAUGCAUUGUUGCCUUACGAUCAGUAUAUGCAUCGUUUUGCUGCUUAUUUUCAACAAGCUGACAUGGAAAGCAAUGGAAAGUUUAUUACUAAAAGUGAUGGCAAGGUGGUUAAUUACAAAACCGGCCCUAUUGUUUGGGGCGAACCUGGCACGAAUGGCCAACAUGCUUUUUAUCAACUAAUACACCAAGGUACUCGCCUAAUACCUUGCGAUUUUAUCAUUCCUGCUCAGAGUCAUAACAAAAUUGCGGACGGCCUUCAUCAUAGGCUUUUAGUAGCAAAUUUUUUGGCUCAAACUCAGGCUUUAAUGAUAGGUAAAACUGCAAAGGAGGCACGCGAAGAGUUGGUAAAAGAGAAAAAAACAGAAGAGGAAGUGGAGAAACUCUUACCGCACAAAGUAUUCCCAGGUAAUCGUCCAACUAACUCAAUAGUGGUACGACAAAUUACUCCGUUCACAUUAGGUGCUUUAAUAGCUUUGUACGAGCACAAAAUUUUUACACAAGGUGUUAUUUGGGAUAUAAACUCAUUUGAUCAAUGGGGUGUUGAAUUGGGCAAACAAUUGGCGAAAAGGCUUGAGCCCGAAUUGACACAUAAAGAAUUGAUAUUCCAUCAUGAUUCAUCCACAAAUGGCCUCAUGAACUUCAUUAAAUCCAAUUGGUCAUUUUAAUUGUUGCCCGAUAGAGUAUGUUUUUUUUAUACAAAUGGACGCAAUUUUCAAUUUGAUAAAAUUAAAUAUAUUCUAAAAGUAAA